UACUAUUCAAUUCUUCAUCAAACGAUCCAAGCGAGUCACCUCCAUUCGGCCCACCCGCACAAUCACCUACCCUCCCACCAUAUCCACUCCAACCAUCUCCGAUCACCUGCUUGAGCACAAUGGGAUCGCCUUUGUCCAGGUUGUUGCUCUUGCACGCCAACUACCGAACCUCUCGACGAUGGCUCUCUAUUGGUGGAGGGGUGAUUACUGGAACGGCCGUUGUGGCUACGGACUUUGAGCUUCCAUUUACUCAAGCUGUGACGUACGGACCAUUUAAGGAAAAAGUGAGAGAUCUAGUUAACGAAUUACCUAAGCUCUAAUUAAAGGGCGUAUCGACGAGUCCUGCAUUCACCCGCUCAGGUACCCAAAUUGGCUGGAAAAUGGGCGCCAGUUGCUCUUCCGGUUUCCCUCAUCGUUCCUUUGAGUGGCAGUCGUCGUUACCAUGCGCAUUUACUGCAUGGGACAUUGUUAUCAUGGUUGCACUUGACGUUGCAUUCGGAGCAUCGCAUUCCCGAUUGCGUCGGGGUUUUAGGGCCUUGUGGUAUUCCACUACAUGGCGGUCAAGCGAGUCUUUGCGUUUGUAGGGGAGGAUGGGUGAGGUCGGGGGGCUUCCAUAAAUCCAAACUUGGCGGUUGCGGUUCGGACAAGGAGUGUCCUUGGACUUAGGAAAAAAUUCAUCUACCU